AUGGAUUCAUCCAACCAACCACCUCUCCCCAUCAUUGACCUCGAAGCAUUCACAUCAGCGUCAGAUACAGCAACACGACUCGAAGCAGGCAAACAGCUCGUCUCUGCCUGUCAUGAUGUAGGGUUCGUCUACAUCAAGAACCAUGGCGUGUCUGAAUCCGAACUGAGCCGAGCAUUUGACGUCUCCAAGAAAUGGUUCGACCUUCCAACGGACCAGAAGAUGAAAGCACCCCACCCGCCUGGCUGGGCCGUUCAUCGCGGAUACUCAUGGCCUGGACUGGAAAAAGUGUCGAACCUCGUCAGUGGCCCUGCAGCAGAUGGUGGUAGCGAUGAUGAGUUCAUCGAGAAACUCCGUCAAGUGCAGGAUUUCAAGGAAAGCUACGAAGUCGGCUCCGACCAGAACCCAGACCAGCCCAACGUGUGGCCACCGACCGAUGUACUCCCUGAGUGGCAACCCUGCAUGUCUUCAUUCUACUCGACAUGCUUUGAGGCUGGGAAGAAAAUUCUCCAGGCUCUUGCUCUUGGACUUGGUCUGGACGAGAAUCAUCUUCUCGACUUCCAUAGCGGCGACUACAAUCAACUGAGGUUGUUGCACUAUCCACCGAUCCCUGCAGCGGCAAUCGAUGAGGGAAAGUUUGCACGUAUGCCAGCCCAUACCGACUGGAGUACCAUCACUUUACUGUUUCAGGACGAUUGUGGAGGAUUGCAAGUCGAGAACGUGCACAAGCCGGGAACAUUCAUUGAUGCGACGCCCAUUCCUGGUACUUUGGUGAUGAAUGUUGGGGAUCUUUUGAUGAGGUGGAGUAAUGAUCACCUCAAAUCGACAUCACAUCGUGUCCAGUUACCUCCUUUGCAGGACCGAUUUACCGGCGCCAGCAAAAAGACGAGAGCGAGAUAUUCAAUCCCAUAUUUCUUGACAACUGACCCAGACCUAUUGAUUGAGUGUUUGAUAGCCGACGAGAAUCACCCACCGAAAUACGAGCCUAUCACACAGAGAGACUACGCUGCCAUGAGGGCAAGAAUGCAGUAUUGA